AUGUCCUGCUAUGACCUGUGCCUGCCCUCCUCCUGCAGCCCCCGGCCACUGGCCACCAGCUGCAACCAGCCCUGCUUCCGCCGCUGCGUGGACUCCGCCACUGUCAUCCAGCCCCCCACCGUCGUGGUCACCCUGCCUGGGCCCAUCCUCACCUCCUACCUGCAAAACACGACAGUCCUGGCCUGGGCGGGUGCCCCUGUCGGGAGCUACCUCCGGUGCUGUGGGGUCCCCGUGGCCUCCAGUGGUCCCCGGGGGCUGGGGAAGGUGGGACUGCUGUGCCUGGGCAGUGGGCUGUAG